UUUAAGCAGAUUCUCCUAAGCAAGUAACAACUGUUUAUGAAAGGAUUUCCAUACGUGAUGAUGCUUUCAGAAGUCUGAUACUGAGACUGAGAGGAAUUUUUCAUUGAUUCAAACUUCGAUAUUACCUACUACUGUUCUGCCUCAUUUCUUCUAAAUUCAUUAAUUCAUAUCCUAAAUUGAGAUAGAAACAUACCUUCUUACUGUCCUUUUAGAAAUAACCAAUUGUGUAAAUAGUACUUUCAUGAAAUUUAACUGUUGUAAUAUUGUGAUAUAAUAAAAAAUAUAGGUUUGGUCUUUGACCUCUGGUUCCUGACAUAGAGCUCCUAAAACCCUUGUAACUUCCUGAGCACUAGGAUCUUUUGUUCUGAUAUUUGGUCUUUUAUCCCAUUUCCUAACACAGAGCUCCUAAGACCUUUGUAGUUUCUUGGUUAUAGGAGUGUCUUUUGUUCUAAUGAGGUGACUCUUGGUGGGCUCUGGAUGGAGGCUGGUUGCCAGGGGAACCAACCUGCAAUUAGAGAACUUUCAGCCCCACCCUCUGACCUCUGAGGGGGAAGAACUGAAGGUUGAGUUAAUCAGUGGUUUUCAAAACAAAAAUAGAGUUGCAAUUUUGGCAGAACUGGACAAAGAGAAAAGAAAAUUACUUAUGCAGAACCAAUCUUCAACAACUCAUCCUGGAGCUAGCAUCGCACUCUCCAGACCUUCUCUGAACAAGGACUUCCGGGACCAUGCCGAGCAGCAGCACAUUGCAGCUCAGCAGAAGGCAGCUUUGCAGCAUGCUCACGCGCAUUCAUCUGGAUACUUCAUAACUCAAGACUCUGCAUUUGGGAAUCUUAUUCUUCCUGUUUUACCUCGCCUUGACCCAGAAUGAAGGAAAUAUUUGUGAUGAAAGUGACUUUGUAAUACCAAAUACCAAAGCUACUAUCAUUCAGUGCUAUACAAACAGUGACUUUCAGAAUUUCAGUGAACUUUUAUAUUUUUUGCUUCUUUAAAAGAAAGCAAUAUGUAAGUAAGUGAAAGCAAAAAGAAGGGUAACUAGGAUGAUGAGAGCUUUGGAAGCUGUAUUGUCUGAGGAAUUGAUUAUGCUGCCCAUGACAGCAACUGUUUUGAAAUGCUGUUUGAUUUUAACUCUAAAUCAGACUCUGAAUUGGAUGGUCACAUAAAAUCACGCCCUAGCCCCCUGCAAGUUUAACUGAAUAUAUCAUGUCCAUAAUAGAUUUUCAAGAGCCAUUUAUAGUACUUAACUUUAAAGAAAUGAGGGUGCUUUUUAAACAUAUGAACCAAUAGGCUUAAAUAAGUUACAUUCACAUGUGAUGUUUAUAGGAUUGGUAUCAGUAUACCUUUUGAGUGUAUAGUUAACAUAGGAACCCGAAAUAUUCUUUGUGAACUCGUAAGUACUUCCCCUAUCCUCAAUUCUAAACAAAAACCCAAGAUAAGACUAAAUUACCAUCUUAAACAUCUUUUAUAAACAUAUGCCGUUAUAAACGAUGUGACUAAAUGCUAUUAAAAACAAUUAUAAGAAAUGUGGUGGUUUUUAAAUUUGUACAUGCUCUUAGUGAGUAUUACUACAUACAUGGUGUGCUUGUGUGGUUUUAUUGUCCAUUUUUGUUCUAAUUAAAAACUUAUGCAAGUUGAGCCCCCUAUUAAUGCCUUUAAGUAGGAAGUAGUUAAGCAUGUUUCUCAACAUGACCCAUCAUUUUUAACAGAACCUGGGGUGCUUAUUUAAAUAUGCAGUCCACACUGCCCUUCUCUAGUCCUACAGAAUUGGAAUCUGAUUCAAAAUAAAGUCUGAAAACCAUGGGUUAGAGAAUUCUAUAAUAUAUAUUGUAUACAAUUUUCAUUAUAUAUUUAUAUACUCUUGGAUUUAUAGAUUCCUAAAACUUGGAGGUCAUUUAUUAAUAGCUAAAAUCUACUUUUUUUUUUACUUUUAAUAGGAUUGAAAUUAUAUUUUAUACUAUAUCACAGAUAAACUAUUUUAUAUAAUUUUUUAUAACUGACCUCAUUUUGGCCUUGAGUCCUGUCCUCUGGUGGUAGGACAAAAUUUAAACUUAAAAUUCCAAUUUGGGUUAAUAUUUAGUCAAAGUUCUCUCUUUUCAAAGAGUUUCUUCUCCCCUUCCUUCCCUAGAUAUUCUCACCAACCACACAGCCCCAUUCUACCCAAACUAAAUGAAGCAGGGGUGGACAACUCUAGAGUUGGAUGUGCCAUUUAGAUUCUUGAGAAUUUGAUUUCCUUCAUUUGGGUGAGUUGGCAGCUGUCUCUAUUGUAAUGGCCACCAUUAUAGCAAAGAGCGCCUUUCUCCUGCUGAGGAGCUACUGAGGGAGUUCUGGCUCCUGUCUCACCUCAGUUUCCUCCAGCUAUCCGUGGGCCUCCUUAUAGUAACCCUCAUUUUUGAAUUUAAUUUACUGUUUCUUUUCUCUGAUUGCAACAUACUGACAUGGUUCUAAAUCUCUGCUGAUACUAGGGAGAUAAAAUAUUUGUAUAGUUUUUACACUACUGAAGACUUUACCUAAUGUGUGACUUUUGUAACUCAGGUAAAGGGAUCUUUUUACCAGUAGUAUCCUUUCUAGUCUCUUAGCCUUUUAAAAACUGGCCUAAAUCCUGCAGUCCUGGCUAGGAAGCACUUCCCCCACCCCUCUGCUCUGAGUCACUUACAAAUUCAAUUUAAUUUCUUAUGUAUUUAUUAAUACCUGUUCUGUAAAGCACUGUGCUUUGGGAGACACACAGAUGAGUGAGAUCUGUCUGUCUUAAGGAGGUCACAGUGAAGAGGCCCCUAUUCUGGUACACCGGUAGUUAUAAAAAGCAAGCCUGAGUGCAGUAGUGGCACGAGAGAGGCAUCCUAGGGCACGGCACAGUCUGGGUAGUCUUAGAAAUAUUCAUGUCAUUUUACCUGGCAAGGGAGGGAAGAGCUGCCCCAGGCAAAGGUCAAGAUUUCAUAACCAAAGGGAAGUGGGAACUGAGCCAGUACGAGCACCACAGAAGAUGAUAGAAAAGGCAGCUCUGGGGUAAAGCUUCAGCAUUGCUUCCCUCAGAUUGUCAGGGAGUUUGGGUAGCUCACUUAGCCUCUCUUUGCAUGUCAUUCUAUCUGUAAAAUGGGAACAGCACAUGCUCUGCCUUUAUCAGACAUGAUUGUCUAGACCAGCAUUUUUCACAGUGUAACUCUCAACUCACUGCUGAGUUGAGAAGCCAACUUAAUGGUUUAGUGGGGUGUGACCAGCUUUUAAAAAAAAAAAAAUAGAAAACAUCCAAGUGUACUACAUGUAGUGAUAGGUAGUUUUAUUUCAUGAAUCUUCUGUUUCUAUGUGUUCGUUAUAUGUGUGCAUUUUACUUAUUUUGUUUAUUGCCUGUUCCACUAGUAUGUAAGGUCUUUGAGGGCAAGGAUUUGUUUCUGUCCCUCUUUUCCUUUCUUCCUCUUUUACUUUGUUCACUGCUGUAUUCUGCAUAGAAUAGUAUUUGGCAUAUGGUAGGUCUUCAGUGCCUACUUAUUGAAGGAAUGAAUGAAAGAAUAUACAUGACCUGAGUUGUGAUGUAAAAUGUAUUUUUUUUUUUUUUUUACUGUGAGUCAUGGCAAAAAUGCUUUGAAAGCCACUGCUAAAUAAUACAGAUGACAGUGCUUUGUAUGACCCUGGAAUAAAAACUGUAAUGACUCAAUAA